UUAGCAGUUUAUAUUUACUAAAAUAAUUGCAUUUCCAUGUUGUGUGUACUGUGGGAGACCAGAUAUAGUGAAUGCAGGGUCCAGGGAGACCAGAUAUAGUGAAUGCGGGAUUCAGGCAGACCAGAUCUAGGGAAUGCGGGGUCCUGGGAGACCAGAUAUAGUGAAUGCAGGGUCUGGGGAGACCAGAUAUAGUGAAUGCAGGGUCUGGGGAGACCAGAUAUAGUGAAUGCAGGGUUCGGGGAGACCAGAUAUAGUGAAUGCGGGGUCCAGGGAGACCAGAUAUAGUAAAUGCAGGGUCCGGGGAGACCAGAUAUAGUGAAUGCGGGGGUCCGGGGAGACCAGAUAUAGUGAAUGCAGGGUCCGGGGAGACCAGAUAUAGUGAAUGCAGGGGUCCGGGGAGACCAGAUCUAGUGAAUGCAGGGUCCGGGGAGACCAGAUAUAGUGAAUGCAGGGUCCAGGGAGACCAGAUAUAGUGAAU